AGUUUCUGGUGCCAUUUUUCGGUCUUUUUUGGUUGUUUUUCUGACACUGUUCUGGGUCUGCCAUUAAAAAGAAUCCGAAACCGAAACAGGAUUCCAUUCGUCCAGCCGUCCAUCCGCGCGAGAACAAAACGUUUGGUUUGGGCCACUGCUCAGCUCAGUUCGUUGGGACCACUCGCACUGGUCAGAAGUGGAAGCGCUUUAAGGGUUUUCGGCAGCAACGAUGCAAGUGUUUUCGGUGCAACUUUGGCUUUUAGGUGGCUUUUUAGUGAUUUCGUCCGCACACCAUGGACAACAUCCCGAAGCAACGGUGAAGGCUAAGGGAGUGGCCGAGAAAUGGCCCAUACCACAGAGUGCCAUCGAGUUUGGCUCGUUCAUCAACCAGACAGCCUCUAACAGCACAAAGCCUUCCGGUGGCGCUCAGCUGCUUGUCCCAUUUCCCAGCGCGAACGAUCCACAGGUGCAGCAAGCUCCGUUCGCGUACAAACCCAACCGCCCGAACGUGGCUCAACAUUUGCUGAGUAACGUGCAAGGAUCGAACAUCGGCUCCAGUUCCUUCUUCGUGAUACCAUCCAGCACGACUACCGAGACAUCUGCGGACGCCGGAAUUGCGUUGAACGAUCCACUGCCGAACCCACUGCCAGGCAUUAUCAACGCUUCCCAGGCUACCGUGUCCAACACCAGCAGCGCAGUGCAGGAAAUUACCAGCCUCUGGAACACGAAUGUUCAGAACGGAUUUUUUGGCUCACCCGGCAAUCGACCCAGCAGCGAUGAGGGGUCAGCAUCCGGAUCGACUCCAGGAUCGUCUAAUCCGCUGCAAGGCAUUAUCGAUAAUUCGCAAGCGUCGCUCAACAAUGCUACCGGAGUGGCACAGGGUAUAGCUGGACAAUUUGGAGCCAAUGUCCAGAAUGGGCUGACAAACAUUUUCGGCAUCAACCUGAACCUUCCAAGCAACGAUGAACCGGUGGCACAGUCGACUGAAGCUGCCCCUACGACUCUGGCAGCCCCGACCACUGGGUCCAACAUUGUGCAGAGCCUAGCUGGACAGUUUGGAAGCAAUGUGCAGAAUGGGCUUUCAAGCAUUUUAGGCGUAAAUCUGAACCGUCCGAGCAACGAUGAAGCAGUGGAACAAUCGACCGAAGGUGCAUCCACGACGACCCAGGCUCCCGCGUCCAGUGAAACCACCGAAGCUGCCACUACUACCGCGAGUGCCGCAACGUUCACUACCUCCGGUGGAUUUUUUCCACUAGUGAGCUUCGUCAACAACACGCAGUCGCUGGUUAAUAGUUCGCAGCUGGUGCAAGCUGUCACCGGUUCGCUAUCGGCAAGCUUUCAGCAAGGCCUAGCGCCUUUAUUUUUCCCCCGGCCCGGCAGCAAAAACUCGGCGGACAUCGAUGCGGAAAUGUACAGAAACAGUGAUGGGGUAGCGGUGCCAGGCAAUACAAAAUCCACUGCGCCCCCAACGCCACCCAGCUGUCCAACGUGCCCCAGUAUGUGCUACUACCGACCGUUCCAGCGGAUCGUGGAUGCGACAGAUGUCGCGUCCAGCACAAAGUACCCGUUUAUCGCACUGCUAACGUACCUGGACAGCCCGUCCGGGCAGGGUUCGCUCAUCAACGAUCGCACCAUAGUCACCACGGCCAGUGUUAUCGAAACCAUGCCCAUCCCCAUGCAUAUACGCGCACUGCUCGGACUGUACAACCGGGCCGAUUCAAGUGAAGUAAUAAAUACACUUGAAAUAACCACCACCUACGUUCAUCCGGGAUACAAUACCGCUAAUCCCCUGGUCGACAACAUUGGACUGCUAAUACUGACAACUCCGCUCACCAGCUUCAGUCCCAUCUGUCUGCCAGCUCCGAACCCAAGCUCACCGCCCGUACCCAAGGCUACCAUCAUUGGAUGGGGUUCGCAGGUUGCCAACGGACCGCUUGCCAACAUUUUGCAGGAAGCCGAGAUUACGCUGUACGCCUCCUUAAUCUGCCAGAUGACGGAUUUGCGGGCUACGCCCAAGAACCUCUGUGGAGGCACGAUACGGUUCACAUCAAACACUGGAGCUACUUGCACGGGAGACGGUGGUGAUCCUUUGGUGGUUAUGAAAGCCACUACAUGGGAAUUGAUCGGCGUCGCGCUUGAUAUACCUGGCAUUCGAUGCGGUGAAUAUCGUACUCCGGCCAUGUUCACUAGCAUUAUACCGUACCUGGACUGGAUUACUACCUACGGACCAGGAUGCGAGUGUUACAUUCCAUAAAACACUAUCGGCCAGCCUGAUGAGUCAUCAGUGUAUUUGUGAGGAAAUUACAAUACAACCUACAGCCAUUAAGCAACAAGCGUUAAAUAUAUCAGUAAUCUUCCUUUAGAAUCAAAUAAACUAUCUCUAUAAUGAGCUUCACAUGUUAA